AUGCAGCAACUAGCGGUUUCCAACACCUUGAUUCUCGAGGCCCCCGGUGUCGACUUGAACCCGUACAACAAGAUUCUUGUCGGCGCUGUGCUAGAUCUCUUCGAAGGAAAGUCUACCCUUAAACACCUAUCCCUCUGGAAUCCUGACGCCACUUUCGUCGACCCCAUAACCACGGCACAGGGGUACAAUCGAUAUGCCGCACAGUGGUAUGCUCUUGCGCAAGUGCUCAGUCCCGUUAAAAUCCAAUCCCACGAGGUCAUCUCAUCCGGGAAUCCAAUCGAGAUCAAGCUCCACAACAGAUACACAUUGCCGCCGAUCAACAAAACACAGGAUAUUCACAGCUUGGUCAAGAUUUGGGUGGAUGGCAAUGGCAAGAUUGCUAGAGUGGAGGAUAGGUGGGAUGGGGAGUUGCCUGAUGGAGCGCUCAACGAGGUAUGCCCAGGUGUAUCUGGCAAAGACAACCCCAAAUACACUUGA